GGAGUGUCGCCCAUUCGACUCGAAGCGAAAGUCUUGCGUUUCAGUCGCACACACCGACCGGUAUCCCAGUGAGGGACCUUGGCUUGCUCGUACGGCACAGCUCACAAUCUACAAGCAGAAUGCUGAGAAUCGUUGGUCUGGUUUUCGCGGUCAUCGCAGUCGAGACGGCCAAGGCUCAGCGCUAUGAGGACGUGCGAGACUUCCUGGGGCUCCUUGAAAAUGACGGCACUAAAGCAAGUGGAGUGACCGUGACGGACUCAAACGUCUUCAUAGACACUGUGCUGUCACAGCGUGUACCUGCCCUCAUCAGAACGACACCAUCUCUUUACCCGACUGCUCAAAUUCCUUUUCACAACUUCAAGAUUAAGAAGAACGGUCUUGGCAUCCGCGACCUGAAGGUGAACUUAACCGAAGGUGCCGUGAGGGGGUUGGACACCCUGGUCCGCCGCGUCGGGGACUGCAACCGGCCCAUCCAGGUGGCGGGCAACACGAGCAUCACGUGUACCCUCGAUCUGAGCGGACUCAACGUGACCUACACCGCACAGACCAAAGGCGACAACGUUCUCUCGACGCGCAAGACCAUCUGGGUCCACGUGGCUGUCCGAAACACGACGGCUCGCUUUGAGGCGACCGCGAACCCCGGCAAGGACGGCAGCGUGCGGACGUUUCUCGUAGAACAAAUCACGCUGAGCGCCAGCUACGACAGCAAUCUGGACCUCAACAUCGAGCGAAGCCGAGCAUUCCGGAGCGAAGUCAGGAACUACACCAACGCGGAGCUUUACAAGAUUCUUUACGGGAGCUACUUGACGGUUCUGAACCAAGCGGUCGCUGGCACCUUUUUCCCGCGUGCUUAGACCUUCAGUUCCCAGGUGCUAGACCGAACUUAGUUACCUUUCGCGUAUAGCGCUUCGGGGGUUCGCUUCAGUUGGCAACACCAUUUGCGUAUGGGCUCAUCGAACAAAAAAAAACAACACCGAACAUAUACGCUCAUUGGACGAAAGCUCACAUCGAACAAAGUCAUCUGUCCAAGGCCCACCGCGGGAAGGAUCAGCAGGUGAAUGCUUUUCGGAUUAAAUUUUAUCAAAUAGGAGCUCAUGAGACAUCAGCUCACCGGAUUUACAAUAAAGGCUUCUCGGAUGUAGCUCUCUUCUUACAACACAAAAUCUGAGCGAGAAGAAGCUCACCGGUAUCGGAUAUAAAUUAUCGAGUUAUAAGCUCAGGAGACUCAGCAGCAUUGAAUAUCAGAUAUAGUGCCCCCAGGUGCAAGCUUAUCUCGCAAAAACUCACCAGAUGUCUGAUGAAGGUUUGUCAGAUAUGAGCGCACCGAACAAAGGCCCAUUGCAUAUACUGUUUUCCGAAUUAUCGUCCGCAGACUAUACAUGUUUAAAAGGUUACAUUUUACCCUGUGAGGACUAUCUACAACUGUGGACUAUAUAUGAGGACUUGUUUUUUCUAUAUCAUUUACUGUGGCAAGACGUGAAGGAUUUUUUUGAAUAAUAGACUAUAUUAGUGGUGAUGCCCGUAAUGGCCUUCAAGGUUUAUUAAAUGAUGAUGAUGAUGA